AGCCUCAGAAAAAAUCAUUAUCAGAACAUCCCGAGAAACCUGUCCUCCUACGGCACGAGCUGUACGGAUCCGACCGUACCUACGUGUCCCCUCAUCUUUAUUAUCCUCUCUUCCCUUAAAGUUAGCGCCUUUCCUGUUCCUGUCUCUCCCUAAAGAUUCGAGCUUUCUCAGAUUCACCUAGGAUCACAAUCCCAAUCAGAUUCAGUAUUCAUUAAUCAACGUUGUCGAUUUUGGUUUCUGGGUUUAAAAUAAGCCCAUGUUGUUGAAUCUGGGUCCAGGUUUGGGCUCUGUUUGCUUCACAUUCCUGUCCUUAAACCUGUCUCAGAAGAUCUACAAGUUCAGAUUUAAGCUCAAGGUUUAGACUUUAGAAUCAGAAACAGAUUCCUGGCUUGUUUGGCUUCGUAAAAUUUUGUGUUCGGGUUUGGAUUUGGGUGAUGGGUGCUAAUUUAUCGGGUGGUGUUACGGACGUGGAGGGUAUGGUGCAGCCGAGGCUUGGGGAUAUACCAGAGAGCUGUGUGGCGUUGGUUUUGAUGUACAUGGAUCCGCCGGAGAUUUGCAUGCUGGCCCGAUUGAACCGGGCUUUUCGGGGAGCUUCGUGGGCCGAUUUCGUCUGGGAAGCGAAGUUACCGGCGAAUUAUCGGUUCAUUGUGGACAAGGUGUUUCAUGAGAAGAGUAUGGUGAAGAAUUCAGGGAAGAGGGAUAUCUAUACCAAGCUUUGCAGGUCUAUUUCAUUUGAUGAUGGAACAAAGGAAUUUUGGCUAGAUAAGAACAAUGGUGGUAUUCAUUUGUCGAUUGCUUCAAAGGCGUUGUCGAUUACAGGGAUAGAUGAUCGAAGAUAUUGGAAUUUCAUAGCAAGUGAUGAAUCUAGGUUUCAGACAGUGGCUUAUCUCCAACAAACAUGGUGGCUUGAAGUUAAUGGAGAUUUUGACUUUCAAUUUCCAUUAGGGAAAUAUAGCCUGUUCUUUAGGCUCCACCUUGGCAGAUCCAACAAGAGACUUGGUCGCCGAGUAUGCAAUUCGGAGCAUGUUCAUGGCUGGAACAUAAAACCAGUGAAGUUUGAGCUUACGACUUCUAAUGGUCAACGGGCUGUAUCAGAACAUUACUUGGACAACCCUGGAAAUUGGGUCAAUUACCAUGUGGGAGAUUUUGUUGUUGACAAUCCUCAUGCUUUGAUCAAGAUCAAAUAUUCGAUGACCCAGAUCGAUUGUACACACACCAAAGGCGGUGUUUGUGUAGACUCUGUGUUGAUACACCCUAGUGGUGUAGGAAAAGAGCGUUAGGAGGUAGAGCUGCAAAUUACUAGUUGCAAUGAGUGAGAGAUAGAGAUUACUGGUUGGUUUUAGGGGCAUGUAAUCUCUUUUAGGUUGAGUGUGUAUAUAUAUUGUAUCUUUAAUUUGUUAGGAAUUUUGAGUGUUGUUUGCAGCUAAAUUUUACCAGAAGAAGAAACUGCUUCGAUGUAUUGUGAGUUGCGAGUCUUAUGAUCGAAAGCUAUCAAUAAUCGAUGUAUUUCAUUUGAGAAAGC